CAUAAAGUCGGUGACAGUGUAUACAGUCGGUCUCACUUCAACGUCGACCGGGUCCACGGUAGUACAUCCAACAACAAUCCAUUUUCGUGCUUAAGACCAACAUCUACCACGAAAAUGACCAUUUCCUCGAAUCAGACGAAUAGCUGGAAGUCGGAGAAAAGUGCCCGUCUGGAGGAAGAACUCGGUCGGCGUAUUCUUAUUAUUGAUGGUGCUAUGGGUACCAUGAUCCAGCGGCAUCGCUUGGAAGAGGAAGAUUUUCGGAAUGCUGAGUUAAAUGACAACAAAAAAAACCUGAAAGGGAACAAUGAUUUGCUCAGUAUCACUCGGCCGGAAAUCAUCUACGACAUCCAUUAUGCAUAUUUGGAAGCAGGGGCUGAUAUUAUUGAAACCAAUACUUUCAGCGGUACAUGGAUCGCCCAGUCUGACUACGGUCUGGAGGAGUGGGCAUAUAGACUAAAUUUUGAAUCCGCAAAGUUGGCUGCUCGGGCAGUGUACGAUUUUGAAAAAAAGACUGGCAAGCAAUGUUGGGUCGCAGGAGCACUUGGCCCAACUAAUCGCACCUUGUCCAUCUCCCCAUCAGUCGAGCGUCCAGAUUUCCGAAAUAUUACGUUUGAUGAGCUGGUGGACGCGUAUACAACUCAGGCCAGAGCACUACUGGAUGGUGGCGCAGAUAUUCUUCUAGUUGAAACCAUUUUCGACACGGCAAAUGCGAAAGCAGCACUUUUCGCCAUCGAAAACCUUUUCGAAAAGGAAUAUAGUCGUGUUCCUGUUAUGGUCUCUGGAACAAUCGUUGAUAAAAGCGGACGAACUCUGUCGGGACAAACUGGCGAGGCUUUCGUCAUCAGCGUGUCACAUUCUAAUCCAUUAUGUAUAGGUCUAAAUUGUGCACUAGGUGCCCGAGAGAUGAGGCCCUUCAUCGAAACGAUCGGACGUUGCACACCGGCGUACGUUAUUUGCUACCCGAAUGCUGGUCUACCGAACACGUUUGGUGGUUAUGACGAAACGCCCGAAAUCACCGCGGAAAGUUUACGAGAUUUCGCUAGCGACGGUCUAGUAAAUAUAAUCGGUGGUUGCUGUGGAACUACGCCCGAUCACAUUAGAGCAAUAAAAAGAGUCGUUGGAGAAUAUCCACCUCGCAAGCCAAACCCUAAUCCAUAUGAAAGUUGUAUGCAGCUUUCGGGAUUAGAACCUUUCCGCAUCGGAAAAAAUACCAAUUUCGUUAAUAUUGGUGAACGCUGUAACGUCGCCGGUUCGCGCAAAUUUUUGCGGUUGAUCAAGGAUGGCAAAUACGACGAAGCGUUGCAAAUCGCCAAAGAACAAGUAGAAAAUGGUGCUCAAAUUCUUGAUAUUAAUAUGGAUGAGGGUAUGUUAGAUGGCAUAGCGGCCAUGACUCGCUUUUUAAAUUUGAUUUCCUCAGAGCCUGAUAUAUCCAAGGUUCCUUUAUGUAUUGAUUCCUCUAAUUUCAAAGUGAUUGAGGCGGGAUUAAAGUGUUGCCAAGGAAAAUGUAUCGUCAAUUCCAUUUCGUUAAAAGAGGGUGAAGCAGAUUUCAUGCUCAAAGCCAAAAUUGUCAAGAAAUUUGGUGCUGCCGUCGUGGUGAUGGCAUUCGAUGAGCUUGGUCAAGCCGCAGACGCUGAUCGUAAAGUUGAAAUUUGUGUUCGGUCUUUCAAACUGUUGGUUGAUAAAGUUGGAUUUAACCCCAACGAUAUCAUUUUCGAUCCAAAUAUUUUAACGAUAGCUACGGGUAUUGAAGAACAUAAUACUUAUGGAAUUGACUUUAUUGAAGCUUGCAGAAGAAUCAAAAAAGAGUGCGCCGGAUGUCGAGUGAGCGGUGGUGUGUCUAAUAUUUCCUUCUCCUUCCGUGGAAUGGAACAAAUCCGUGAAGCAAUGCAUUCCGUUUUUCUGUAUCAUGCCAUUAAAGCCGGCUUAGAUAUGGGUAUAGUAAAUGCUGGCAAUCUUCCAGUCUACGAUAACAUUGACGCCAAAUUGCUGCAACUCUGUGAGGCCAUUUUGUGGAACAAAGAUCCUCAUGGAACUGAAAAACUAUUGGAAUUUGCUCAAACUGCUGUCAAAGGAGAAAAGACUGUGGAAAUCGACGACUCAAGGUCGAAAGCUGUCGAAGAACGCAUUGAAAAUGCUCUUGUGAAGGGCAUUGAUAAACAUAUUGUUGAAGACACAGAGGAAGCACGAUUAAAUACGGAGAAGUAUCCACGUCCACUUAACAUAAUCGAAGGACCGUUGAUGAAAGGGAUGUCAAUUGUUGGAGAUCUGUUUGGCGCUGGAAAAAUGUUUUUACCUCAAGUAAUCAAAUCAGCUAGGGUUAUGAAGAAAGCUGUCGGCCAUUUGGUUCCUUUUAUGGAAAAAGAACGCGAGGCAGCAUUAGCCAUAUCGGGUGAAAUCGCCUCAGAGAACGAUCGGUUUGCCGGCACUGUCGUCCUAGCCACCGUCAAAGGCGAUGUCCAUGAUAUUGGAAAAAACAUUGUGGCAGUCGUUCUUGGCUGCAACAAUUUCCGUGUUAUUGAUAUGGGGGUCAUGGUCCCUUGCGAUAAAAUUUUGGAGCGAGCCAUUCAAGAGAAAGCAGAUAUCGUCGGUCUUUCUGGACUCAUUACACCUUCUUUGGAUGAAAUGAUACAUGUGGCCAAGGAAAUGCAACGCCUAAAAAUGAAAGUACCUUUACUGAUUGGAGGCGCUACCACUUCCAAAGCUCACACUGCUGUCAAAAUUGCUCCGGCGUACGAACAUCCUGUUGUUCACGUUCUCGAUGCGUCUCGUAGUGUCGUUGUGUGCUCUGCACUAUUAGACAAAAACGCUGUACAGGAAUACAUGGAGGAAAUAAAAGAAGACUACGAAGACGUUAGACAGCUACACUACGAGACUUUGCGUGAGCGCAAAUAUGUCAGUUUGGAGGUAGCCAGAGCUCAUCAAUUAAAAUUGGAUUUUACAAACCAAUUCACGCCAGUGCGCCCAAGCUUUUUGGGGAUCAAAGUUUUCUCGGAAUACGAUCUCGAAAGCCUUGUAUCUUACAUUGAUUGGAAACCUUUCUUUGAUGUUUGGCAGCUACGAGGGAAAUACCCUAACCGAGGGUAUCCAAAAAUUUUCAAGGAUGAAGCAGUUGGACCCGAAGCUAAAAAGGUGUUCGAUGAUGCUCAAAAGCUAUUAAAGAGGAUUAUUGAUGAGAAAUUACUUCAUGCCAAAGGAGUAUUGGCGUUCUACCCAGCCAACAGCUGUGGUGAUGAUAUCAUGGUUUAUGAAGAUGAUGAUUGGCCACGCGAUGAGCCUCUUGCUCGCCUUUGCGGUUUACGGCAGCAAUCCGAAAAAGAGAAUAGAGAAGAGCCAUAUCUUUGCAUUUCAGAUUUUGUAGCUCCUCUUGCAUCUAGAGUUCGAGAUUACAUAGGCAUGUUUGCCGUGUCAGCAGGAUUCGGGUGCGAUGAGCUGUGCGCCAAAUUUGAAAAAGAGAACGACGACUACAAUGUUAUUAUGACAAAAGCUUUGGCCGAUCGUUUUGCCGAGGCUUUUGCGGAAGCUUUGCAUGAGAUCGUCCGCACUGAACUCUGGGGCUACUGUUCUGAAGAAAGGCUGGCACCAUCCGAGUUGCACAGCAUCAAGUAUAAGGGAAUUCGUCCGGCUCCCGGCUAUCCGAGUCAGCCCGAUCACACGGAAAAAUUGACAAUGUGGAGACUGUUGCAAGCGGAACCGAGAACUGGAAUCAAAUUGACCGACAGUUUGGCUAUGGAACCAGCUGCUUCAGUAUCUGGGCUUUACUUUGCACAUCCCGAGUCUCGUUACUUCGGCGUUGGAAAAAUCACGAAAGAUCAGGUGAAAGAUUACGCUUCAAGAAAGGAAACCGACGUGUCUCAUGCUGAGAAAACUCUCAACAUCAACUUGGCGUACGAAUUGUAAACAUGUGGCCAAUUAAUUUGCGAAAGAAAAAUGAAACUAUCGUUUAAGAGUUAUUUUGACACUUUUAGAAUGCAAGAAUCCCAAAUAGAUAGAAUGAAUAAACAAAUUUUUACAUGGAA